UCUAAACUAGAAGAAACCACUAGAGAUCUCACAGCGCAAAUCACAGAAUUGCAGGAAGAAAGCAAACAGUACAGAGACCGAGAAGAACACUAUUUAAAAUUCAUUAGGGAAUUGGAGCAAAAAAAUGAUGACCUAGAGCGACUUCAAAGAGCAACACAUGUAUCUUUAGGUGAAUUUGAAGCUAAAAUGAAUUCAGCAAUAGAGCGUAACGUACUUUUAGAACUAGAAUUAGAUGAAAAAGAGAAUUUAAAAGCGAUGGUUCAAAGGUUGAAAGAUGAAACCAGAGAUUUAAAACAAGAAAUUCUAAUUAAAGAAAAAAUUAAUUCUUCCGAUAAAUCUGAAAAAUCUUCUGCUGUCAGACGAGGCAAUAGUUUUAGGCUGGCAACAACAGAUGGUCUCAUUGAUUCAAAUAAACUGACAGCGUCAACAGAAGAAAUGCCUAGCUCCAAAUUGUCUCAACAGAACAGUACUAUUAAAAGUUAUGCUGCAAGUCCUGGUAUUACGACGCCCACAAAAAUUUCUGCAAUGAAUAUUGUUGGCGAUCUCUUACGCAAAGUUGGGGCCCUGGAAUCAAAAUUAGCAUCAUGUAAUCGAAACAGCCCUAGACCAAGCCUCACAACCAGCAGUGACUCAAGAGAUUCUUUCCGGGGUCGUAACCUUAGCCGAGGAACUUCAACUCCAUCAAUCCAUCGCCUUGUACAGUCAUAACAGUUCCAGUCCUCUUCAAAUGAUUUAUUUCAACUGCACGUACUUUUCUCGCUUAGAUUCUGCAAAUUGUAAAUAUCGAGAGUUAUGUACUUUUUAUUUAUGUACUGUGUAAAAAUGUAAUUAUAUAUUAUUGAUUUUGAAGGGAUA